AUGCGGUCGGCGAGGGCGGCGUGUGCUCCGCCUUCUCCGCAGCAGCCGCUACGCCGCUAUCCCGACGAGUACACGUCCGCGCAGGAGGAUCAUCACAUGAUGCUUUGCUACGACGAGCGGCGGCAAGCAGCCGAGUGGGCUGGCGAUGAGCAGCCGCUGCUUGCACCGGCACCGGCACCGGCACCAGCUCCGGCUCGAGUGAGCGGCGGCGCACCGGUCCCGGAGCCUACGCCGGCAGGGUCGGGGCUGUGCGACAGCGAUGCCUGCUUUAACUUCUGGAUGGGCUUUGGAAACGUACGGUUGUUAACAUUGAGCGAUGGUGCUCGGGCAGUAGCAGUAGAAUACUUGGAAAUUGAUCACACUAAGUAA